AUGAUUGCCCACUACUCAUCAUGGUACAGGCUAAAGAGGGCAGUCUGUUGGGUGAUCAAGUUUCUGAAGUGGCUUAAAGCUAAGGGAAAGCUUCCCAAACCUGACAAGGGAGGUGAAUCCAGUAGGAUAACACUAGAUGAGAUGAACUAUGCAGAGCAGAAAAUCCUGCAGUAUGAACAGUCACGUUUCUUCGAGGAAGAAAUUGAUCUACUAACUGCUCAAGAUAGUGUAAAGAAAUCUAGCAGCAUCUACAAGCUAGAUCCAAAAUUGGUAGGAUGCCUGAUCCGGGUUGGAGGAAGGUUGAGCAGGUCUGCGUUGCCAUUGGAAGCAAAGCAUCCUAUCGUGCUUCCCAAGGAAAGCCCUGUGUCUCUAUUGAUAUUGAGAGAGAUACAUGAGAAAUGUGGACACAGUGGAAGAAACUACAUUCUGUCGACACUACGUGAGAAGUACUGGUUGCCUGGUGCAGGAGCUAAAAUCAGAAGGAUGAUAGGGAAAUGUGUGUCUUGCAGACGGCAAAGAGCAAAGGUUCUACAGCAAAAAAUGGCUGAUCUGCCCAAGGACAGAGUGACGCCUGAUGACCCACCAUUUUCUAAAGUAGGCAUGGACUUCUUUGGGCCUAUUGAAGUUAAAAGAGGAAGGAGUAUGGUCAAGCGUUACGGAGUGAUUUUCACAUGCCUAGCCAUUCGAGCUGUUCAUAUUGAAAUGGCUUCAUCUUUGGACACUGAUUCAUGUAUUGAUGCAAUACGACGCUUUAUAGCUCGAAGAGGCAAUGUGAGAGAGAUAAGAUCAGAUAAUGGAACCAAUCUCGUUGGUGCUGAAAGGGAACUAAGACGAGAGAUAGAAGGGUGGAAUCAAGCCAAGCUAGAUGAAGAGCUACUCCAGAGAAACAUUAAGUGGUCAUUCAAUCCACCUGGAGCGUCACACUUUGGUGGAAUCUGGGAGAGACAAAUUGGCACAGUGAGGAAAUUGAUCCUUGCCUUGAUGAAGCAGCAAACACUAUCAGAUGAAAGUUUGAGUACACUACUCUGUGAAGUCGAAAGUAUCAUCAACAACAGGCCUAUUACCAAACUUUCUGAUGACGCGAAUGAUGUAGAAGCCUUGACGCCAAAUCACCUGCUUCUGCUCAAUAGAAGACCUCAACUUCCUCCAGCAUUGACUGAUAAGACUGACAUGUAUGUGAAAAGAAGGUGGCGUCAUGUGCAAUACAUGGCAGACCUUUUUUGGCGACGCUGGCUGAAGGAGUAUUUGCCACAACUGCAGGAGAGGGAAAAAUGGGUGUCAUCGCAUCGCAAUGUGAAAGUUGGUGACCUUGUGCUGGUUGUGGACCAGAAUCUGCCGCGUAAUCUGUGGCUGUUGGGUAGAGUGCUCAAAACCAUGCCCGACAGAGAAGGUCUUGUCCGUAGCGCAGAGAUCAAAACGAGGAAUAGUGUUCUUGUUAGGCCAAUCGCAAAGCUGUGUUUAAUUUUAGAAGCAGAUGUGUGA